AUGACGCUUGUUUUACAAACUUUCCAACAGCAGCUCUGCGCUCAAGGGCAGUCUUAUCAUCACAUUUCCAUAUAUACAUGUCCUAAAUUGGAAAGUCGAGCACAACCUCCAAAGGACGCGCACGAUCUUCGUCCUGACGAUAUCAAAGCAGUUGCAUCGUUGGGUGAUAGUUUAAUGACAGGAAUUGUUGCCGAAGGUGUUCAAGGUAGUCUCUUCAGCAAAACAACUAUUCAUGAAUCACGGGAUGUUGCCUUUACGACCGGUAGACGCAAUGGUUCGAUGACAUUAUCAAAUGCCUUCAAGUAUUAUGCUGGAUCAGAUAUAAUGGACCCUCCUAGUGGACAAAGGUCACCCUCAUUCUGUACAGUUGGCCACUGUCCCGGCUAUUUACAUGAUCCACCAAUAGACCAGCUCAAUGCCGCUGUGGCUGCCAAUCUACCGUUACCGACCACGUCCUCAUUUCAUCAACGCCAAAACUCCAUCACCAUCAAACAAGAACGGCAACGGAGUUGGCUCCAGAGGAUGAUGAAUACUGCAAAAUCACGCAAAACGUUGCUGAUCAAGUGUGCCGUGGGUGCAUCAGCUAUAUUAUUAUUGCUAUGGUUAUUGUUUCCAAGUGAACGGUACCAGCAUUUGUCGGGUUCGCAAAAACCUAACACUAGCAUUGUUGGUGAGCAACAGCAGCAGCAGGAACCAGUGAUUUCAACGGAUCCGGAUCCGGCAUUGUCAGCAGACCCUACAAUCGAGGACAACAGCAACAACAGCAAAGAGAUCACGUCGGAAACGUCAUCACCAUCACCGUCAGAACAUUGCAGCACACCUCAUCCCGGCCGACCACUUAUUCAAUAUGCACUCAUGAUUGAUGCUGGUUCAUCUGGGUCAAGAAUGCAUGUGUAUCGAUUCAACUACUGUAGAGAACAGCCCGAAUUAGAAGAUGAAGUAUUUUAUCCCAUCGAACCAGGACUUUCUUCCUACAAGGAUGAUGCAGAAGCCGCGGCAAAGUCCCUGGAUGAACUGAUGCAGGUUGCGCUUGACAAUGUACCUGCUGAGCUACAUCAUUGCACUCCGAUCGAAUUGAAGGCAACAGCCGGUUUACGUAUGUUAGGUGAAAGCCAAAGCAAGAAGAUUCUGGAUGCUGUGCGCACGCGCUUGGAAACAAAAUAUCCUUUCCCGAUUGCCGGUGGCGAACAUGGGAUUGAGAUCAUGGACGGCAAAGAUGAAGGCGUGUACGCAUGGAUCACUGUCAACUACUUGUUGGGCUCGUUAAAAAAGGGCCGGUCCGCUGCCGUAUUUGAUCUGGGCGGUGCAUCGACCCAGAUCGUGUUUGAACCCACCUUUGAUACCGAUAAUUCAAUGGCCGAAGGCGAGCACAAGUAUUUGUUGGAUUACGGAGAUGCGCAGUAUACACUGUACCAACAUUCGUACCUUGGCUAUGGCUUGAACGAGGCACGCAAGCGCAUCAAGGCGGAAAUGGCCGAGACAUGGAAAGAAGAAGCGACGCGAUCGGGUCACGUGUACCACCCAUGCCUGCCUGCAAAUCAUACCGAGACGUUCACAUGGGAAGAAAGUGAAGCUGGAACUGGCAAAGAAGUGACUUUGGUUGGCACAGGCGCUGGUCAUGCUCAAUGCCGCGGUGUUGUCGAGCGCGUUUUCAACAAAGACAAGAUUUGUGCCCUUGCUCCCUGUGCAUUCGAUGGCAUGUAUCAACCUCCGAUCACAGAGACGUUCACUGCUCGCGACCUCUACGUCUUUUCGUUCUUUUACGACUUGACACAACCUUUGGGAAUGCCAUCCGAAUUUUCUGUCCAAGAGUUGGGCGAGUUGACCGAAAGUGUUUGUGCUGGCGAGACUCAGUCGUUCAAGCACGUUCCUAACGCGAUUGAGGCCUUGAUGAGCAAGCCAGACUAUUGCUUGGAUUUGACGUAUAUUCACGGUUUGUUGCGGAUCGGUUAUGAUGUGCCUCCUGAACGCCUUGUCCGCACGGCAAAGAAGAUUCGUGGCGCAGAGACGGGUUGGUGCUUGGGCGCUUCCAUCGCAAUGAUUGACGAAGCACAAAUCUGCCAAGUGAAAUGA